GUAAAUUUAAUUUUUAUCACUGACGAGUUUCACAAACCUUUAUAUAUGAAUGUUGAAUGGCCUAUUCAUCAAAAUACACAAUUAAUUAAAUUAACUCCAAAACCCAAAAUAAACUCUGUUUCUUCACUGUUCCCUCCGAUGGAUAUCUCUAUUCCGGCGACUUUGUUCCUCACUUUCCUCAUCUCUCUUUUCCUUUUCCUUUACUUCUUUAUUUCAACUAAGAAAUCUCGAAGCCAUGAAGGUUUUAGAAACUACCCCAUCGUCGGAGCCUUACCCCUGUUUUUACUGAACCGCCAUCGUUUCCUUGUCUGGACGACGGAGGUCCUCCGCAACUGCAAGACGAACACGGCAGUGAUCCGACGGCCAGGGGUCGUCUGCGGCGUCAUGACGGCAAACCCACUUGUGGUGGAGCACAUUCUGAAGACCCAAUUUGAGAAUUAUCCAAAAGGGGAACGUCUCGUUUCGAUUUUGGAGGAUUUUAUGGGGAGUGGGAUUUUCAAUUCCGACGGCCAAAUUUGGAGAUUUCAAAGGAAAAUAGCGAGUUAUGAGUUCAAUACCAAGUCGCUGAGGAAUUUCGUUAUGGAGAAUGUUAAAGUUGAGAUACAGAGGAAGCUGAUUCCUGUUUUGGAGAAGGCGGCUUCCUCGUCGGAAACAGAGUGUGUUUUGGAUUUGCAGGAUGUUUGGGAGCGAUUUACGUUUGAUAAUAUUUGUAAAUUGUCUUUCAAUUUUGAUUCCGGUUGUCUCGGCGGCGAUGAUAACGCCGGCGCCGACUUUAUGCGCGCUUUUGAGAACGCCGCCACCCUUACAUCCGGCAGAUUCAGGUAUACUAUUCCUAGUUGGUACAAAGUCAAGAGAUUUUUCAACUUGGGAUCCGAAAGAAGCCUAAAAAAUACCAUAUCAAUGGUUCACAAAUUUGCAGAUGAAAUCAUAUGCUCAAGAAUUAAAGAAAACAACCAAGAUAAGGAUGAAGAUUUAUUGUCACGAUUCAUGGCAAACAAAGAACAAUAUUCCCCAAAAUUCCUUCGAGACAUAAUCAUAAGUUUCAUUCUUGCCGGUCGAGACACCACUUCUUCAGCUCUAACAUGGUUCUUUUGGAUCUUAUCCACUCGACCAGAUAUUGAACAAAAAAUCCUUACAGAGCUCGAAACAAUCCGAUCAAGAACACAUAAGAAAAUUGGGGAUAUGUAUAGUUUUGACGAACUCCAAGAUAUGCACUAUCUUCAAGCAGCAUUGUCUGAGACUCUUCGACUAUACCCGCCGGUGCCGAUUGACUCAAAAGAUUGUCAACGUGACGAUAUCUUACCGGAUGGGACAUUUAUCGGGAAGAAUUGGUUUAUAAUGUACCAUGCAUAUGCAAUGGGAAGAAUGGAGAGUAUAUGGGGGAAGAAUUGCGAGGAAUUUUUGCCAGAAAGGUGGCUGAAAAAUGGGGUUUGUAGAAUUGAGAGUCCAUUUCGUUUUCCUAUAUUUCAUGCAGGGCCAAGGAUGUGUCUUGGGAAAGAUAUGGCUUAUAUUCAGAUCAAGUCCAUAGUUGCCGCUGUGAUUGAGAAAUUUGCAGUGAAAAUGGUGGAAAACAAGACUCCAAAACAUUUGUUAUCAUUGACAUUGAGGAUGGAGAAUGGGUUGCAAGUGAUGGUAAAAAAGAGGCCAAUAUAUUAUGUAAUUUAGAUAUAUGUAGAUUUGAAAAUAUAUGUGCCUCUUAAUAAUAAUUAAGCAUAAUAUUGAAAUAGUUAUAAAAUAGAAAGAAAAGAGAAUAACAUAAGAACAUAGGAGAAAAGUGGAGAGAAAAAAGUAGAUAAUAUAUAUGUAUUAUUUUCAAUUAAGACGCGAAACUUAUAGAAAUUAAUAAGAGGUUAAUGAAUGAAUUUAUAACUUACGGAGGUUAUUGGAUAUCUGUAUA